UCCUCUUCUUCGUCUUCGUCUUCAUCCUCUUCUUCCUAUUCCUUCUCUCACAUGCCACUGAGAACACUUCUUCGCUCUUGGCUUUGCUAAAAUAUUACUGGUCGGGCCCUAAACGCCUGGGCUUAGUUUGCACUUGUUUGCAUUGCCUUUGCAGUUGUACAAGAACACACGGUCUCAUUUUACGGCUUUACAAUCACUGAUUAGCGGCACACGAAAUCGGCUUCGUUUCUUUACCUCUAGAAGUACCACUGGAAUUCUCUGUUCGCCAUGGACGGCGAUGUGGUGGCUCAGUUCACCGAGAUCACCGGCUCAACACCGGAGCUCGCAGCGCAGUAUCUGCAGCUGACCGAUUUCAACAUUGAGCAGGCGAUGCAGCUUUACUUUGAGAAUGGCGGAGCACCCCUAACUGAAGAGCCUACAUCUUCUACUUCUACUACAACUAGCAGAGCUCCGCGCUCUUCUGGGUAUGAAGAUAACUCUGGAAUUAUACAUCUUGACUCCGACGAUGACGCCAGCGUAAACGAGACCCGAUCCACGCCCCGAGAGCAAUCCCGAAAUGCAUCGACAUUUGAAGAUGAUGCGGCGAUGGCUCGUCGUUUGCAGGAAGAAAUGUACAAUGGGAACGAUGGCGCCGAUGACGUGCGUGCGCCGCUUGCUCGCACGACCGAAACCCUGGUGGGGCCUGAGGCGGACUUUGAUGAUGGUGAUAUGCAUGCGAACAUUUUGGGUGAACUCCGCGCCCGCCAGAGACGAAGCAAUCGACCCGGCAUCUUCAAUCAGAGAGACACGGCUUCGAUAUGGACGGGGGAGGAGGAGGAGGCAUCGCAUCGUGAAAGGCUGGCAGCGGCGACGGGAGGAGCUUCCGAAUCGUCAAACAAAUCAAACAUGCUCGCAGAAAUGUACCGACCGCCUUUUGAGAUCAUCUCAAGGCUACCGUGGGAUCUGGCUCGACAGGAGGGUCGUGAUAAUGAGAAGUGGCUGUUGGUGAACAUUCAGGACCCAUCCAUAUUUGACUGUCAAAUAUUGAACCGGGACUUGUGGAAAGAUCCUAGUGUUAAGGAUACCAUCAAAGAACAUUUCAUAUUCUUGCAAUACUCCAAAGACGAUCCCCGCGCCGCACCAUAUCUGCAAUAUUAUUUUCAGGCCAGUGAUGUGUCCGACAACUACCCCCACAUCGCCAUUGUCGAUCCUCGCACAGGUGAACAGAUGAAGGUGUGGUCAGGACCCCCUGUGGUGAGGGCGGCGGAAUUCCUCAUGCAGCUUCACGAGUUCCUUGACCGUUACAGCCUGAACCAUAACGUGCGGAACCCUGUGGCCAGGCGAAAACCGGAGACGAAGGAGAAAAGUAUCGAUGCUAUGACUGAAGAGGAGAUGAUGGAGAUGGCAUUGAGGAAUAGCCUUGGCCAUGACGCAUUGCAACCAAGAAGGAUGGAAGAUCCUGAUGACUUGACCCGCAGCGUCGAAGAUGUUAAGGGUAAAGGGAGAGCCGUCGAUGAGGAGGAUAUCGGUAUGGAGGAGGCCGGGGCCGGUGGAGAUGCUGGGACUGAAGUAUCUCUCUUUUCAUCAAUCCCUAGCGAUCAACCGCACACCGAACCUCCUGCUGAUCCUGCCACCACGACACGGAUUCAGUUCCGUCAUCCUACCGGCAGAGUUAUCAGGCGUUUUGCCUUAAACGAUCCGGUCAGGAGGAUUUAUGAGUGGCUGAAGGCUGAUCCUCCGUUGGCGGAUAAGGCAGGAGUGGAAUUUGAGCUCAACUCGAUGGGUCGCAAUUUGAUCGAUGUGCUUGACCUGACUGUGGAAGCUGCUGGUCUCAAGAAUGGAACGGUCAUGAUAGGAUAUAUUGAGGAUUAGGAGUCAACCCUAACGGGUCAUACUUCAUGAAUGCCGGCAAUGAUAGACUCAUGGAUGCCUUUACAUGGGCUAUGGUUAUUUAUCUCUGCUUCUGUCCUAGGUACCACUCCAGUCUCCGUAGAAGGGAUCCCCACGGACAUAACGAUCCUUUUUGCAGGCCCGUGAUGUACUUGUAGAGCGGGGGAUGAAGAAUUGAGGCACACAAGAUUGGUGAGCCAGAGUAGAUAAUUUGUAGAACGGAGCAUAACGGUGACUAUCUUUAGAACC